UCAUUGUAGCCUAAUCAAUGGUCUUAUUGGAUUACUGGCUGUUGCGGUUCUCAAAGAUAUUGUAGCAGAGACAAUGAAAUAGCCAGGGUAAAACUUUUUUUUUUUUUUUUAUCCUUUAGUAGAUCACGUAGUGGAGAUUUUUCACGAGUUAUCUCUCUCUCCCUCUCUCCCCUCCUGGAUCUAUCUGAACACAAAGCUGGCUUUUUUUUUUCUUUCAAUGAGCAGUCUCUACCAAUAGGUUCAGUGUUUGUGAAGGUGCAGAAUUAGCGCACACACACACACAAAAAGCAAGCCUCUGAACUGAAUUAAGGAGAGGUAGGAGUUUAAGAUGGCUGGCCGUGGAGAGAUGUGUUAAGGAGGAUUUCUGCAGGGCUGAUCCUCGGCUUCCUUGGAUAGCCCCACUUCAAGGGAAAACUUUUUGUGCGGGGAGUGGUUUGUUUGCUUACACUCAAGGCUGCUUUUCUACAACUGCGUUUUCCAGCCUUUUCCUAGCAGUUUUAUUCAGAUUUAUUUGGCGUGCCUGGAGAAAGCCACUCUAUAAUCUGGAGGGUCAAAGGCAGACUGAAGAAAGUUAAUAAUGGCGGCUAAUGGUGCUAACAAUUCAGGGUGAAUCUUGUCAAAAGUUUUUUCUUCCCCCUCCCCUCCUUCUGGAAGUCUGUCUUUUGAUUGUGUGUUUCCUGAAAGCAAGACCAAUCAUUUCAGUUUAUUCACUGGCUAAACUCUACUUGAUUGGGGACAAGCACACAAACCAUCCAUUACGAUCUGAUAUAUUAUCCAAACAAUUUAGUGUAUUCAUGAGGUAACCUAAAUGUGGAGGCUGCAAAAUUACCCGUAAUCAAUUGAAACAGCGAGUGCGCGUCCCUCUGUGUCUAACAACUACAUGUCUCUGUAAUAAGGCAGACAUUAAAUCAUUUUGGAGUUGUACUGUUGAGUACCUGAUCACUGGGGCUCAGGAAAGCUGGACAGUCACAUUAGGAAGCUGGGAUUCGAGGGAGCUGUUCUGUUGGGAUCAGAGUCGACCUUCCUCGCGAGAGGUGCUUUACAGAUUCCCACCGAUCUGACCGCAGGCUGUGCAAUAUCCAACCUAGACUUUCUUUUCUUUUCUUCUUUUUUUUUUUAUUGCACUACAUGUUUGGGAAACAAGACAAAAUGGACGUUAGAUGCAAUUCAGAGGCUGAAGCUAACCGGGUCUCGAAGAACGGACAUAAAGAGGGCAAGGAAAGCAAAGGGUCUGAAGGAAAUAUUUCUACUUCUUUUUUGAAGGAUCAGCAAGGGACUUAUUCUGCCUCUGCGGUUUCGGAAGAUUGUAAUAAAAGUAAAUCUAGUUCUGCAGACCCGGACUAUUGCAGGAGGAUCCUAGUUAGAGAUGCCAAAGGUUCAAUAAGAGAGAUUAUUCUGCCUAAAGGACUUGAUUUGGACCGCCCCAAACGGACCCGAACGUCCUUCACGGCGGAGCAGCUGUACCGGCUGGAGAUGGAGUUCCAGAGGUGCCAGUACGUGGUGGGACGGGAAAGGACCGAACUCGCUCGGCAGCUCAAUCUUUCGGAAACUCAGGUAAAGGUCUGGUUCCAGAACAGGCGCACGAAACAGAAAAAGGACCAAGGCAAGGACUCGGAGCUGAGGUCCGUGGUGUCCGAGACCGCCGCCACCUGCAGCGUCCUGCGGCUCCUGGAGCAAGGCCGGCUGCUGUCCCCGCCCGGCCUGCCCGGCCUCCUGCCCCCCUGUGCCACCAGCGCCUUGGGCUCCGCGCUGCGGGCCCCCAGCCUCACCAUCGGCACCACGGGCACCACCGGCUCGGGGCCCGCGGGCGGCUCCCCGCACCCCCCCGCGCCGAGCAGCGCGGCCGGCCCCCCCCAGGCUGCGGGACUCCACGCCUCGCCCAGCGCCGGCCACAACCUCUUCAGCCUGCCGGUGCCCACUCUCCUGGGCUCGGUGGCCAGCCGGCUGUCCUCCAAUCCCUUGACAAUGGCCGGCUCCUUGGCAGGAAACUUGCAGGAACUGUCCGCCAGGUACCUGAGCUCCUCUGCCUUCGAGCCCUACUCCAGGACCAACAAUAAAGAAGGCGCUGAGAAAAAAGCCCUGGACGGACUCUAAGUAACGCUCUGUAUUUCUAUUUAUAGUAUCUAUUUGUGGCGA